CCUGUCUCUGUUGCACUUGAGCAUCAGCAGUUGUCACAAGAGAGAGGUGCAGGGCGGCGUUCAGUGACGUGACCUUCGUAUCAUCCCAUCAUCAUCUUGCUUCACCUCACUCGACGCACUCCACACCGACCGCGGGACCGUCGACCACGUCUCAUCUUCACGAAACGCUAGCCGCUCUACAUUUAAGAUGCCUGUCCCAGACCUUCAGAAGCCUGCCCCAGCCUUCGCCGGCACCGCCGUGAUCGACGGCCAGUUCAAGGAGAUCAAGCUCAGCCAGUAUGCAGGCAAAUACGUCGUCCUGUUCUUCUACCCCCUCGACUUCACAUUUGUGUGCCCCACUGAAAUCAUUGCAUUCUCCGACCGCAUCGAGGAGUUCCGUCGCAUUGGCUGCGAAGUGAUUGCUGCUUCAUGUGACAGCCACUUCUCUCACUUGGCUUGGGUGAACACUCCCCGCAAAGAGGGUGGUCUUGGCAGCAUGGCUAUUCCUCUUCUUGCUGACAAGUCUGGCAAGAUUGCUCGCUCAUACGGAGUGUAUGAUGAGGAAACUGGCAUUCCUUUCCGUGGUCUGUUCAUCAUCGACAAGAAGGGAAACCUUCGUCAGGUUACUGUCAAUGACCUGCCUGUUGGGCGAUCUGUCGAUGAAACAAUCAGACUGGUGCAAGCCUUCCAGUUCACUGAUGAGCAUGGCGAGGUGUGCCCCGCUGGCUGGAAGCCUGGUUCCAAGACCAUGAAGCCAGACCCUGUAGGAUCCAAGGACUACUUCAAGUCUGCUAACUGAACAACCUGUUUGUAGCUGCUGGCAGCUGUUUCCUGCAAUACUCAUUGCUCUUUAGUCUCAUUAUUUCACUCCUGGAUUUAGUGAGCUUUGUUAUUGUUCCUUACUGAAAUUGAGCCUUAUCAGUGUUACCAGCAUUUAUUUUCCAGUGAUGUUUACUUAACUUUUUAGCAUAACUUAUUUGUAUUUUUUUACUUAAGUAUUCUUGCAAUAAAGCAGUUGAUGGUCCCUCCCCAA